AUGACUAGUCCUGAUCAAAUUUCAGCUCAGAUUCUGAGCACCAAAUCCCUCUCAGUCGCCCGACCCUGGCUCAAUGCCUUCCUAUCAUCCAGCACAUCACAACGCAAUAUCCCCGCCUCGGCUCUCACGCAGACGGCUAUAUUCCGUCUCCUCGCCUCUGACAUCAGGGAAUCACUCUCUAAACACAGAUCAUGCGUACUACCAGUCGAUGUCCAUAACCCGACAGUCCAAGAGCGACGGAUACAAGGCUCAAUCCCUGUGCAAGUGCUGGACAUCGAAGACAUCGGCACAAGUCUAUGGAGUCAAAUCGAAGCGAUUGAGCGCGUUGAGCGCGGUGAAGCGAUCCAUGGCCGUGAGAUUGUGCGCACAAUAGCGGUAGGCGAUGACUCCGAAGCGUCAGAGAACAAUGGCGCGAAUAACAAUCCGGCGAGCGGUGCUGCGAGUGUGUCCGGGAACAGUGGGUAUGGGCCGCAUCGCCUGAUUCUUCAAGAUGCAGCGGGAACUAUGGCUGUGGGUGUUGAAUUGCAGCGUAUUGAUGGGAUAGCGUUGGAGAAACUUGCUAUUGGGGCGAAGCUCUUGCUCCGUAAUCCGUCUGUUGCGAGAGGUAUGGUGCUGCUCUCUCCGGGGUCUGUUACUCUGCUCGGGGGCAAUAUUGAGGCUCUGGAUAAACCGUGGAGGGAGGGUAGGAAGGUUAGAUUGUUGGAGAAAACUGCCGGUAUCGAGAGAGAAUGA